CCUUGUUGUCCCCUGAAGGACCCUUUAGAAUUCCAACAUGGCGGCGUCCAUACGGCUCUGCUGUGCCCUCCGCCUCACAGUCGGAGCACCCUUACUCGCCGUGCGUGGAGCGGUCCGGGGGUCCCAGCUGGCGGGCCGGGCCUCGGCCUGCUCUCUGCAGAGGAGCCCGGCGACUCCGCCGGCUCCUGCAGCCGCAUGGCAGCAAGCCCGGCACGGCAGCUUCUUCAACAAGUUGACGGCCGACGAGCUGUGGAAAGGCGUGCUGGCCGAGUCGGGCGCCGGGGCGAGGAAGGGCCGAGGCAAGAGGACCAAACGCAAGCUGAAGAGAGACCUGAACCGAGGGCAGAUCAUCGGAGAGGGGCGAGGAGGCUUCCUGUGGCCCGGCCUGAACACCCCGGUGAUGAAGGACGGGAAUCUACAGAACAUGAGCCGCCGAGGGGAGAGCGAGCAGCAGGAGAUGCGGGCAGAGCUGGUGCGAAAGAGGGACGAGUGGGAGAGGAAGAAGAAGAUGAAGGUGAAGAGGGAGAGGGGAUGGACGGGGAACUCCUGGGGGGGAACCAGUCUGGGGCCCCCGGACCCUGGACCCAACGGAGAAACAUACGAGGACUUUGAUUCACGUGUCAUUGAGGUGAAGAGCGUGUUCAACAUGACGGCGAAGGAGGGCAGGAAGCGCUCCAUCAGCUGUCUGGUCGCCGUGGGAAACGGAAACGGAGCCGCAGGCUUCGCUUUGGGGAAAGCAGCCGACAGAAUCACCGCUCUGAGGAAGGCCAAGAACCGAGCGAUGCACUACCUCUUCUACAUCGAACGCUACAACAACCAGACCAUUUAUCACGACAUUCUGUCCAAGUUCAAGAGGACGACGCUCCGCAUGAAGAAGCAGAACGACGGUUACGGUCUGCACUGCCACCGGGCCGUCAUCACGAUGUGCCGGCUCAUCGGCAUCAAGGACAUGUACUGCAAAGUGGAGGGGUCGGUGAACCUGCUCAACAUCACCAGGGCCCUCUUCACGGGCUUAGCCAAUCAGCAAAUCCACCAGAAGCUGGCCGACCAGAAGCAGCUCCACGUGGUGGAGUACCAGGCGCAGCGCGGCCCGCUGCCCACGGUGGUGGCGAGCCCCGCGGACGGGGCGCGGCGCCAGCCGGAGUCCGAGGACGAGAUACCCGACACCCGGCUGCACUGGGACGACGUGCGGACUGAGGGGAGCAAACGCUCGGUCUGGACGGGUGUCAAACGCACCAUCUGGUAGCGGGGGAGGGGCGGGGGGCUCAGUUUGGACCGCGAGACGGAGGAUUGGACUGACGGAGGAUUGGACUGACGGAGGGGCUGAAAAUGUGUGAAAUAACAUUUGUUCUUGUUUCUUUUUUUAAGCGAAAGCUCCAAAUCUAGUUCAUUGAGAUUGUUUCUACAUUUGAAAACCCAGUUCUCCAGAACCACCCGGUGCUGACCGACGGUGACGCCAUACCAACGUCCCCAAAGUAGUUUUUCUUCACGACUUCCUCGUCCACCUUGAAUUGUCGUAAACUAAUAAAGUUCAGAUCUGUGAAAACAUC